AUGUCUCCCCCGUCCAAGCGCCCGCCGACGGGUCUGCUCCGCCGCCUAUCCGGGCUGAGUGUGAGUGUGACGUCCCGGUCUGGAGCUUCCACUGGCACCGGCACAGGGACGCGCAAAAGAAGCAUGGGGAUGGGCAUUGGGAUGGGAAUGCGAUCUGGGCCUGGACGCGCCGCAGGGCCGCCACAUCUCCCAAACCUGCGCCGCGUGCGCGUCUAUCAAACAUCCAGCCCGGCCGCCUCUCCCUGCGAUCCUUACUUAACCCCCAACGCCGCCCGCCUCCGCUUGCGCUCAAGGUUACCGGCCACUACCAGUACUUCUUUCCCCAUCCUCACACAGACCGCAAUCAUGUCUUCUACAACUACAACCACCACCACCACCACCGCACCUCCCACCACCGUCAUGCAGACUCAGACACGACACAGCUCCGGCGGCCACUCCCACGGCCAUGGCCACCAUCACCACCACCACGGUCACGACAACGUCUACCUGACCUCGAGCAACAAGAACGAUGCCGGCGUCCGCAUCACCCGCAUCGGCCUCUACUCCAACCUCGGCAUGGCCAUUGCAAAGGGUGCCGGCGGCUACGCUUUCGGCUCCCAGGCAAUGGUCGCUGACGCCUGGCACAGUCUGACUGAUCUGGCCUCUGACAUCCUGACGCUGGCCACCGUCUCCUGGAGUCUGAAGCCCCCUACCGCUGGCUUCCCCACUGGCUUCGGCAAGAUCGAGAGCUUGGGUUCUUUGGGGGUCUCCAGCAUGCUUUUGGGCGGCGGCCUGUUCAUGUGCUGGAGCAGCUUGCUGACUCUCCACGCCCACCUCUUCCUGGAUCCGGCGGCGGCCGCUGAGGCCAUCGCCCACGCUCACUCCCACGGCCACAGCCAUCACCACGACCACUCUGGCCCCAGCCUGCACGCGGCCUGGUUGGCUCUCGGCACCGUGGCGAUCAAGGAGUGGUUGUACCAAGCAACAAUGAAAGUCGCCGUCGAACGAAAGUCAUCUGUCCUUGCCUCCAACGCCGUUCACCACCGUGUCGACAGCUGGACUGGAAUCGUUACACUGCUUGCUAUUCUCGGCGCAAACUUUUUCAGGGAUGCUGCCUGGUUGGACCCUGUCGGUGGCCUCAUGAUUUCUCUCCUGGUCAUCAAGGCUGGCGCGGAGAACACCUUGUCCGCUCUGUACGAACUGGCCGACCGUAGCAUCGAUGACGAGGUCAAGGAAUCGGUCGAGAAGCACACACUCAGGAGCCUGUCUGAUGUUACCGAGGGCCACGAGGUCGAACUCAGGGACAUCUCCGGUGUCAAGUCUGGCCAGAACUACCUCGUGGACAUUGAACUGGCUGUCCCGGGAGCCUGGACGGUCGAGCACGUCCGCGCCGUCGAGGAGACCGUCCGCACCCAAGUCGGCUCUAGCGUGCGUGGAGUUCGGAGGAUCAAGGUCCGCUACGUCCCGAAGGAGGCUGAGAUCGCGCCCAAGUUUGACGAUGCCGGUCCCCUGUAUCUCGGGUUCGAUCUAUCAACCCAACAGCUCAAGGCCAUCGUUGUCCAGUCUGACCUCACAGUCGUCUCCGAGGCCAAGGUCGACUUCGAUGCUGAUUUCGGCAAGCAGUAUGGCCUGAAGAAGGGUGUUCUGACGAAUGAGGCCGAGGGCGAGGUCUAUGCCCCCGUCGCCAUGUUCCUCGAGGCAAUCGACCUCGUUCUCGAUCGCCUCAGCAAGAAAACCCCCAUGGAUCGCAUCAAGGGCAUCAGCGGUUCGUGUCAGCAGCACGGCAGCACCUACUGGAGCCACGAUGCCGAGAAGCUCCUGGGCGGGCUCAAGGCCGACAAACCCCUUGUUGAGCAGCUCAAGGCGGCCUUCUCGCACCCGUACGCCCCAAACUGGCAAGAUCACAGCACGCAAUCGCAGUGCGACAAGUUCGACGCCCAGUUCGAGACGGCACAGCGACUCGCCGAAGUCACAGGCAGCGCCGCUCACCACCGCUUCACCGGCACCCAAAUCAUGCGUCUUCGCCAGAAGCUCCCCGACAUGUACGCCGCCACCUCCCGCGUCUCCCUCGUCUCCUCGUUCCUCGCCUCCGUCCUCCUCGGCACCGUCGCGCCCAUCGACAUUUCCGACGUCUGCGGCAUGAACCUCUGGGACAUCUCCGCCGGCAGCUGGAGCGAGCCCCUCCUCGAGCUCACCGCCGGCGGCAAGUCCGGCGUCGCGGACCUGCGCUCCAAGCUCGGCGAGCCGCGCCACGACGGCGGCGGCUCCAUGGGCUCCAUCGCGGGCUACUUUGUCCAGCGCUACGGCUUCAGCAGGGACUGCCAGGUCGCCCCUUUCACCGGCGACAACCCGGCCACCAUCCUCGCCCUGCCCCUGCGCCCGAUGGACGCCAUCGUCUCUCUCGGCACCUCGUCCACCUUCCUCAUGGUCACCCCCGUCUACAAGCCUGACGCCGCGUACCACUUCUUCAACCACCCCUGCACGCCGGGCCAGUACAUGUUCAUGCUGUGCUACAAGAACGGCGGCCUCGCGCGCGAGAGCGUGCGCGACGCCCUCCCCAAGCCCGACGGCGGCGACCCCUGGGCCAGCUUCAACAAGGCCGUCCUCGACACCCCGCCGCUCGACGUCCGCUCGGCCGACGACAAGGCGAAGCUGGGGCUCUACUUUGACCUCCCCGAGAUCGUGCCCAACAUCAAGGCCGGCACGUGGCGGUACACGGCCAACCAGGACGGCAGCUCGCUCGAGGAGGCCGCCGCGCAGUGGAGCAAGGAGACGGACCCGCGCAUCAUCGUCGAGAGCCAGGCGCUGUCGAUGCGGCUGCGCAGCCAGAACCUCGUGCACAGCCCCAAGGACGGCCUCCCCGCGCAGCCGCGACGGAUCUACCUAGUCGGCGGCGGCUCGCUUAACCCGGCGAUCGCGAGGGUGAUGGGCGACGUGCUCGGCGGGUGCGACGGGGUGUACAAGCUCGACGUCGGCGGCAACGCGUGCGCGCUCGGCGGAGCGUACAAGGCGGUGUGGGCGCUGGAGAGGAGCGAGGGGGAGAGCUUCGACGAGCUCAUCGGCAAGCGGUGGAAGGAGGAGGGAGCGAUCCAGAAGGUCGACGACGGGUUCAAGGACGGGGUGUUCCAGAAGUACCAGCCGAUCGUGGGAGCGUUCGAGGAGAUGGAGCAACGGAUUCUGAAGGUUGCGCACAACUAG